AUGAUUAAAUAUUCAAUUUUAUUAAUUUUAUUCAUUGGUAUCCAAAGCAUUUUAUCAUCAUACAAUUGUUGUGUCCCAAGUCAAUGGCAAGGUUCAUCAUUGAGCUAUGAUGAUUCUGGUAGAGAGUUCACAAAGAAUUAUUAUUAUGACGCAGAUAAAUUAUUAGUUAGAAUCGAUAUAAUUUAUUCAGAUGGUAGUUUUAAUCAAAGUACAUACAGUAGUUAUGCAAGUUUAACUCAAACAGGUACAGAAUGGGUAAUGAAUAAUUUGGAUGGCACUUGUUACCAAACUGGACCAGAUUUUUGGAAUGCUCAAUGUUUUGGUGAUAAAUAUGGUGUUCCAUUCUCUAGUUCCACCAACAAAAUCAAUACUUUCUCUAACCCAUCCAAUGGAAUCACUGUUAUUACCGAUAUAUAUUGUUUACCAGUUUCAAUUACCAAUAAACUUGCAAACCUCCAAUUUAAAUUUUUCAACACUCAAGCUCAUGUUUCUGAUGAAUCUUUCUAUCAGACUCAAGAUAGUAGUGUUGAACAACCAAAUUCAUCUUCUGCAUCAUCCUCUUUAGAGGGCUUAAAUUGUACUGAACCAUAUCAAUAUCAAUCAAAAUGUUAUGAAAUUGCUUCCGAAGCUUAUACUAUAAGUUAUUGUUAUGAUCCAAAUUAUAAUUAA